AUGGCAGAAUCAUCUAGUGUUUCUGUUUCAAUUCCCCCACCACAAUCAACAACAUCAAGAACACUACCAUUAGUAGGACAAAUUUCAAAUUCACCAAGGAAGCAAGAAAAACCAACAAUCAAGUUGAUGGUAGGCACUUCAAUAGGGCAUGCAGCAAACCUAUUAAAGCCCUUACCAGGUGUAACAGUCCUUGCUUUCCAAGCCCUUUCUUCAUCUUUCUCCAACCGUGGUGCUUGUCAUGAUUCCAAUAGAAUCCUCACCGCCGUCCUCAUCGGACUUUGUACGCUCUCAUGUUGCUUCUUCGCUUUCAGCGAUAGCUUUAUAGGGAAAGAUGGUAAGGUUUACUACGGCAUUGCAACACUGAAAGGUCUUUACAUCUUCAAUAAAAUCAACAACAACUACAAUGAUAGUGAUCACGAGGAGGAAGAGGAAGAGAGAGUAAGGGAUAUGGGGAAGUAUAAGAUAUGUAUACUUGAUUUUAUUCACGCUAUCUUCUCAAGUUUGGUGUUUUUAGCUCUGGCGUUGAGUGAUUCCAAUAUCGUGGAAUGCUUCUUUGCAAGGAGUGGAGUUGAUGCCCAUGAAUUAGUGUUAAAUAUACCACUUGGGAUCUCCUUCUUGUCUGGUAUCGUCUUCAUCGUCUUCCCUACUUCUCGCAAAGGGAUUGGCUGCUCCACCUAG